UAUUCACAUUAUUGAACCACAGACUAAAAUGCCAUUAAUAAUGUGCAUAACUGAUGUCAUUGAAAAAUAUUUCUCUGAACAAAAAGUUCUCACAUACGUCGACAUGGAUUCUGAUGAUAAUCUUCUUCUAAAAGCCAUUCAUUCUAUGAAGGCAACUGCAGUGGUGUUCAGACAACCAUUCAUUCAUUCAUCAUUCAAACAUCAAGGAUAUCUUGUAAACGCUCAAACAUCAAAUAUAUUCGCGGAUAAUUUUAAAAAACUUCGUCAAGAGCCAACAUGGAAUCCUGCAGCAAGAUUUUUAAUCGUCAUUAAAAUACUAAAAGAAGAUGAACUGAAGAAAAUAUUUGACGUUUUACUUGAAAGCCACGUAUUUAAUUCACUGCUAAUAAAUGCAACUGAUGAAGCUCAAAUAUACACUUACAAUCCAUUCGAUAAAUACGCCUGUGGACAUUAUUACAGUGACGUGAUAUGUUAUGGUGAAUGUUCACAAACAAAAAUUGACUUGUACCCAAACAAACUUGUUACUGGAUUAAAAAACUGCAGUUUUCGAGCAACGGCGCCACAUCGAGCUCCUUUCGCAAUAAAUAAAGACCGGCUCGACAAAAACACCGAAACAUAUACAUUAGGAACUGAACAAUUAGUAUUGCAUUUACUGAGUGAAAAAGAACAAUUCAAGGUGAAUUAUAGUUACGAUUAUGACAACCUGAAGUUCUCUACCAUAAGUCCUAAUAUGACAGUCUCUGGACCCAUGAAAAUCUUGACGAAUAAUGAGAGCGAUAUCAUUUUUGGAGGUAUUUGGCUAGUAGCGAGCAGAUCUGAUGCAUUCACCUAUUUAUAUGGGCACCUAGAUUUUGAAGAUGAUUUAAUAAUUAUUGUGAAAAGAGCGUCUUUGGUUGCAAUUUGGAAAACCGCUUUCUUAGGAUUCCAACCGACUGUGUGGGGUUUACUGGUGAUGACUUUCCUUCUUUAUUCAGUGAUGAUGAUCCGCAUUUUAGGAGCAGAUGAUAAAUUCGGUGUUGUGAUGAAAUUGUUCAAGAACUUGCUAGCUAAUAGCGUUCAUAUACCGACUCGAAGUGAAGUCAAGGGCAUUCUUAUAGGUUGGAUUUGGUUCUCGUACUUGAUAAACAGUAUAUACCAGUCAAGUUUAGUUAGUCUUACUUCACACCCGGCAAAAGAGCAUCAGGUUCAUAAAAUUCGCGAAAUAUUUGUUUAUAAAAUGAAGCCUUGUAUUAAUCCUUCAAUGCUUAUCUACAUUGAGACAGAAAUGAAUUACAUUCUAUUGUGGACGGGUUAG